UAUUAGAAUAGUUCUGAGGUAAAUCAUUCAGAAUCAUGAUAGCAUUAUGAAUUCAUGAAUAGUAAUCUUGUGAUUGAAGAAAUCACAAUGGAAGUAGAUAAUUAUAAAGAAGUUGUCCAAAUUGCUGAUGAAAACAAAAUCAAGGUGGCACUUGUAUUGUAUAGUCAAAAUAAAAAACUAGGUAGACAACAUAAAACUCAAAUAAGAAUUCUUGCUUGCAGACAACUAUCUAUCAUUCUCCCAAGUUCUAAUUAUCUCAAACAUAAGCCAUAAUUGUGAUUAUGAUGAUCCCUUCUUUCACUAUAUUCUUAUGAUCACUAAAGUCAUUCGUAAGGCUAUUAAAAGAAUGUUAGUCCCUAAUAGUAUUAAAACUAAAUAGGAAUUCAUUGUAUUGUUAAUCUAAUAUAGAGAUCAAAGAAAAUCAACUCUUUCGUUGUUUCUAUUAGGAUAUCAAUAUUGGCUUUAUUACUUCCACUGGUUAGAUUAAAUCCACUGCUUUUAUCUAUAUUCAUAAGAAUAUUAAAGACUGUAUUAUUAAAAAGAUAGUUAUUGAUUAAAAAUAAGAGCGAGUUAGAUUUU